AUGAAGCUGAUGGUCCAGGUAUCAUCUCUCGAGGAAUGUUUUAAUAUUAAUAUUAUUAUUAUUAAUAUCUCACAUCCCUUUCAUAAGCAUAGAUUGGGAGUUGAUAUGAAGCUGAUGGUCCAGGAAAAAGGCAGGCCACUCUCAAAAUUUGGUGAAUGGGACGUCAAUGAUCCUGCUUCAGCUGAGGGGUUUACUGUGAUCUUUAACAAGGCUAGGGAUGAGAAGAAGACAGGUGGAAAACCGGAGUCACCAGGAAAGGUUGAUCCUAAUAUCAGGCAUGGAGGAGUGGAUACUGGCACUGGCACUGGCAGGCCUUCGUCUAAAAAAUGGUUUUGCAGCAUUCAUCAACCACCAGCAGUUUUGUUGACAAUGUUGUUCUCCUAAGUGCUCCGAUGGAGGAGCACGGUGUUCUGUAACUGGCUCCACUAUAUUUCCUCUCUCACUGUAUGUCUAUGAAAUUGGCAGCCGGGUAAGUGAAGUUUGAAGCAAUGGUUAGCA